AAAUCCCGCUAAAUCACGACUGACCAGUCGCAUGUGAUACGUGGUCCAGGCUACAACUUAUUCCAUACCUUAGUAUUAAAGGCUACAUUUAUCUAACUAAACUCACGUAUCAUUCAGAAGUAAAAUGACAGUCAUGCUGUUGUCUCUGAUUCUCGGAGCGCUUAUAGCUUUCUACUUUUAUCUGACGCGAAAUUACAAGUUCUGGCAAAAACGUGGAGUGCCGUGCCUGGAUGGGGCCCUACCGGGAUUCGGUCACACGUUGCCGGUGAUCUCCAUGAAGACGCAUUUCUCCGAUUUCUGUUGCAAGAUCUAUAAUGACUAUAAGGGUCGUAGCAUGGUUGGCAUCUACGACUUCACGUCGCCGUCGUUGAUGAUUCUCGAACCAGAGCUGGUGAAAACGGUGUUGCAAACUAAUUAUUCGAAUUUUUCCGAAAACACUUUGGAAAUUGAUCCCAAAGUGGACCCGCUCGUGUCACACAGUCCUUAUAUCCUUAACGGUGAGAAAUGGUUAGCCAACAGAAAGCGCUUGACUUAUGCGUUUUCUAGCAUGCGUUUGAAGCUCCUGUUCGAAAAUGUUAAAAAUGUGUGUGCAUCGUACGAGAAUUACAUAAACGAAAAGCUGAGAAACAAACAAACGGAGUUUGAGCUGAAGACCCUGUUCGCCAGGUACACCGCGCAGGUAGUAGCUGCUGCUGGUUUCGGCGUGGAUGGAUAUUGCUUCGAUGACGAGAAAAAGGAAAUAUCUUUCCGAAGACUCGGAAAAGCCGUUUUCGAGCCGUCGAAACGACAUAAAAUUGUGAUGGCUUUCACGUUUUUCAUUCCGUCGCUAAACAAAAUCUUCAAAGUAAGCUUCGUCCCGAAGCACGUCGACCAUUUCUUCAGAAAACUGGUUGCGGAUCUCAUGGAGCAAAGAAGGAAGGACGGAAUACCUAGGAAUGAUUUUCUCUAUUUUAUGACCGAAUUGGAGCGAGCGGAGGGCACUAAAUUCGACACCGAAUACCUCACGGGGCAGGCGAUGUCGUUCGUCCUGGAGAGCUAUGAGACCUCCAGCAGUAUUAUGAGCUACGCCGGAUUCUAUUUGGCUAAAAAUCCAGAAAUACAGGAGAAAUUACGCGAAGAGGUGAUAUCCGUACUUAACAAAUAUGACGGUGAACUGACUUACGAAAAUUUGAGAGAGAUGACGUACAUACCGGUUCAAGCUCUGCACAAAGAUCCUCAAUACUGGAAAAAUCCUGAAGAGUUUGAUCCUGAAAGAUUCGACAGAAAAAACCACAUCGAAAAAUUCACCUUUCUUCCCUUCGGCGAAGGUCCGCGCAUCUGUGUAGGUAUGAGAAUGGCCCAGUUGCAGAUAAAGGCAGGUUUGGCUAUUGUUAUGAAAAAAUACAGGCUGAAACUAUCCCCGAAGACGCAAUUACCUCUGAAGAUGAUCCCCGGAACUUUUUUACCGACACCGGUAGGCGGUCUGUGGGUCACUAUUCAACAGCUUUAAAUACAAAUAUUUUCUUUUAAAUUUCUUUCCAAUGUUACGAAGGACUUUUUACAUCUAAAGAAAAACUUUGUAAUUAAUCUUUCCGUAUUGGAAUAAAAUAGAAAUUUUAAAUUA